AUGGAUUCUCCGGGCCAGACCGAUCCCGACGCCCAGUCGCCUUCUGGCAGACAGCCAUCGUCAAACGAGUCGUCGCCCGCCGCGUCGGCAGCCUCUCCGGCCUCCAAACGCUACAGAGCAGCCAAUGCCACUCCUGACUGCUGUCGCACUUGCAGGCUGCGCAAGGUGAAAUGCACCGGCAAGUCGGCUACCGGGCCCUGCACCAACUGCGCACGCCUCGAGCUGGCCUGCAGCUUUCAGAGUGCCGAUAAUCCGGGCGAUCCCCAAGAUCGUGUGUCAAGAACCACUCCCAGCGCCAGCCACACCGAGGCCGGCACCUUGCGCAAGCGUGCACAGAGAGCCUGCGGCCAAUGCCACUCGCACAAGACAAAAUGUUCGGGCGACUUGCCUCGCUGCCGACGCUGCGAGGCUAGCAAUCUCGUCUGCGAAUAUACCCCCACCAAGCGAAAAUUCACCAAUGUUCGCUACAGCGGUGCCAAUGGCACCGAUGGCGCACCCACACCGUCUGAGACCACUGUCAGCAUCCAAUCUACCGAGGAGGUGUCAGCAAAUAGCCCGACGAUGAGCCACCUCCAGGGCUAUUUCGUCAUGCUCUUGGACCCAAACCUCCUGAGCGCCGAGGACAAGAUGGUUAAGCGAGACAUUGUUUCACGGCAUUUCGAAGUAUACAUGUACUGUCUCUACUGGAUGCCUAGUUUGGGCUUUCUCCAUCCUCCUACAAUCUGGCGGCAAAUCGAGGACAUGACACUACAUCCAGCCAAGGCUGCAGCGAUAUGCUCAGUGACAUGCUUCUUUGCUAAUCCUGGCGAGGUGGGCCGUGACUUUGGUCAGAGAUGCUGCAAUCAAGUGGAAGCAUAUCUGGUUCGAAGCAUUGACCGGUUCUCGGAAGAAUCUCUGAUGCUGACCACGUUGAACACUCUCUUCAACCUCUUUCUCGGCUCCUAUGCCAGAGUUUGGACAUGUCUUGGCAUCGGUUCUCGCGUCAUGAUUGGCUUGCAAGCGAACUGGGAUUCUGGAAUAUAUCAAGGGCGCUCUUGGAUUGAACAGGAGAGCUUGCGCCGGCUAGUGUGGCAGAACUUUUACAUGGAUCGGCUGCUUGCGGGGGGCUAUGAUGAGUAUCUUGCCAAUCGCAAUGAUACCUGGAAGCUCCGACUACCUUGCUCGGAAGACGCCUAUCGCGGAAACCGUCCUGUGAUAGCCGACCGCCUGCACGACAACCCGCCUUUACAUCUCGAAAACGUCGGUUUGCAUGCUUGGCAGAUUCGACUAUGCGAUUUGAGGCAUCGCAUUCAGGUAGCGGCUAAGCGGUUGUCGCUGCCGCAAGUCAAUGUUUCGCGGCCGGAACCAUCCACAGUCAUGUCUGAGAUUAGAGCUCUCCAGAAUGAACUAGGACGCUUCCACUUGUCUCUUCCCGAGGAGUACAAGCUCAAUGACCAGGUCGUUGAGCACAUUAUUGGCACCGAAGAACGCAACGGUUACAUCUACCUACACUCCCACAUUGGUGUCAGCCACGUAGACCUGUAUCGCUUUGCUCUACCAGGCGUGCACGGUACCGCACCAGACCUGCUGCAGCGACUGCCGCGGGAAUUUGUGCUCUCGUCGCAAAAGCAGGCCGUGGCGCACUCCAUCAGCGUCGCUACGUUUUGCGACGUGGUUCGACGCGAGCACGAAAAGCACCCCUCGCUGCUGCCGAUACGACUGACGGGAGACUACUCCAUCACGCACAUGUGCACACAAGCGAUUCGUGUGCUGGUAGUUGCCCUGUGCCACGACCUGUACCAUGAUCUUGCAGGCAAGACGACAAGCCCGCCGUGGAGGGGCAUCAACUCGCGCGUCGUCACCGAGGCAGACAUGAGAGAAAUGAUUGACAACCUCUUCAAGGUGAUGGAGCCAUGGAGCCACAUCUCGCGCAUCACCAAGCAAGCAUACGACGCCAACAGGGUCAUGGUGGACCACUACUACAAGACGGGCAAGCUGAACGAGACGCCCAACACGGCGCUCAUCGAGGCCACGCGGUUGAGCAUGACGUCGGGCCCAGCCGGGGGUUCCAUUCUCGGGGGCGCCGACGAGUCUGCCAACGAGCAGUGGGGGGCCAGCGGUGCCAACGCGCCGUCGCCAGACGAAGGCUCCGCAUGCGGCGCGGUGAAUCUGGGCUUCGAGAUGGAAAACGGGCCGCCUGGGGUGCCGCUCUUUCUGGAACAGGCACGCAUCGCGCCGCUGGAGGACACAGGACUCGGGCUGUACGAUGGAGACAACUCGUUUGAGCACUCACCGCUAUGGGACUUUUCCAGGGACAUGACCAAGGCCAUCCGAGAGGACGCGCGGCUGACGCCCAACGGGCAGCAUCCAGAGGCGCCGGGGCGCACGUACAGCGACAAGGAUGUAUCGGCGUACCUGCGGCGCCAGCAGCGUCAAGUGAAUGGGUACUCAAACGAGUGCGUGAACGGCCAUGGCGAUCCUUCACGAUAUCCUUACCCAGGCCAUCGCUGA